UACAGAGGGGCUCAGAUGUCCUCAGAGAACACACACCGAGGUCCGCCCCCUCGCCCAGUGCGCACUUUGGAGUCUCCAGUUCCCUGGGCGACGGUCAACACAAGCAGUGCAGCAAAACACAGCUGGGAGCAGAGGCUGCGCCAGCCUGGAGAGUUUCUAGCCCCACCAGCUACACUGAGCUCCGGAUCCGCCGGGGGACGAUGUGGGAGGCCCUCAUGCAGGCUUUCCUGGGUUAAAACGAGAGUCUCAGCCGGUCUCUCUUUUCUCUCUUCUCUUCCUCUCCUGCUUCUCCAGUCCCCCAUGGGCAGCCAACACACUGGGCUCCCAAGAACUACUACAGGCGGGUACCGACUGCCCCCUAACAGGCCGCCUGCCUCAGUUUCCGGGACCCGGGAUGGCCCUGCAGCAAGCAGGGCUCUCGCUGGUGGCUGCCAUAGGAUCCCAGCCCCGGGUGUGCAGCAGGACCAGCUGUGGAGGGAGCUUGUGGAAGCCGAAGAGCGAGGCCAACGGCGUUGGGCUGAGAAUUGGGGUUUCCUGAAAGACUAUGACCCAAUGGGAAAUAAGAAGGAGCCGGAGGAGCUGCCCGCACACGUGCCCUUCUUCUCAGACACACUCCCCAGCUCCACGAGCCGUGAGGUGGGCAGCAGGGUGGAGACGCCCCUGGGGAGAGCCCUCAGCCAUAUGGACUUCUUCUUUGUGGAAGGCACCCGGAAGAGGAAGCCGGAGGACGAGCUGCAGCCCGUGUAGAGAUCUCAGGGCCCCAGCACAGCAGACCUUGGCUGGAACAUCACACUGAGAGAAGAUAUUGUCUACCUGUGUCCCAGUUUCUUGGAC